GCUUUUAACCUCUCUUACUGUGGAUUUGGAUCUGCCCUUUCUCUUCUUUUACUUCCAUAAAUUUAUUACCCUUUUUUGGAUUCUUAAACUUUUAUGCCAAACAGUUCAUUUUUUAGUUCAAAAAAGGGUAGAUGGGCUCUCUUUCUGAUUGAACUCACUGUUUGUUUUUAUGGGUUUUUUUGUUUCUAGAUUUUUUUUGGUUCUUAGUUGCUAUUUUUGAGUGAUUUUGGUUCUUUCAGAGUGGAUAAAUCUGUAUUAAAGGAUAGUUUUUUUUACAAAAAAAAAAAAUUAUUAUUAUUAUAGGAUGUUGCUGGAAUGUUUUAAAUCAUGGCAGGUGGGGAAAAAUUAGCUAAAAAUAGAAUAUUUAUCAAACUAACCUUUCAAAUGUUUUUUUGAAAUUUAGUUUUCUAGUCAUUUUCUUAAUUUGUAUUGCUGUUGAACAUUUGUGAAUAACAAUCCGAGAGAGAAAAAAGUUGUAUCAGUUGAAGUAUUGAUAUGAUUAAAUUUACCCUAACUAUAAGCUUAGCUGGGAGAUCUUGUUUCAAACUGAGUUAUGUAAUUAGUAUUAACUUUUUGGGUCCAAUUGCGAUUUAGCGAUAUGAAAAUAUAAUAAAAAUGAGUUUUUUUUUUUUCCUGUUCUUAAAACAUGCUUAGUUUGUUAAUUGUGCCAAAUAAAAUGAAGUUCUAGCUGUUGGCUGGAUUUGGAACCCUCAAUUGCUUUUGUUUGGUUCUGCUUAUUUCACACCUGAAAAAUCAGAGCAAAAGGAAGUAUUUUAACAAUUAGCACUAUGGUUAGUUUUGGAUUACAUCGUAUUAAAUGAGGAAAAGAAAAGAUUGGUCCCCUUGCAGUAUGUUUUGGACUAUGAUUAAGGUGUUGGUUGAGAAUAAACAGAGGAUUUCUCAGCAAAAUCUUGAUGGAAAUGAGGUUAUUAGGGAAAGUGGCAUUGGUCACUGGUGGAGCCUCUGGCAUUGGAGAGGGCAUUGUGCGCCUCUUCCACAGACAUGGUGCAAAGGUUUUUUUUGUCGAUGUGCAGGACGAGCUCGGUUAUCGUCUCCAAGAAAGCCUCGGCGGUGACAAAGACUCAAACAUUUUUUAUUCUCACUGUGAUGUCACUGUGGAAGACGACGUUCGUCGUGCAGUUGACUUGACAGUGACUAAAUUUGGUACACUUGACAUAAUGGUGAACAAUGCUGGGAUCUCAGGCACGCCCUCAUCUGAUAUUCGCAACGUCGAUGUAUCGGAGUUCGAGAAGGUGUUUGAUAUAAAUGUGAAGGGUGUUUUCAUGGGAAUGAAGUAUGCUGCCAGUGUAAUGAUUCCGCGCAAGCAAGGAUCGAUCAUAUCACUCGGCAGUGUUGGUAGCGUCAUAGGAGGAAUAGGGCCACAUCAUUACAUAAGCUCGAAGCACGCCGUAGUGGGGCUUACAAGAAGCAUUGCAGCGGAGCUUGGGCAACAUGGAAUUCGUGUAAACUGUGUCUCUCCUUACGCGGUUCCAACGAACUUGGCUGUAGCUCACUUGCCUGAAGAUGAGAGAACUGAGGAUAUGUUUACAGGUUUUCGUGAGUUUGCCAAAAAGAAUGCAAAUUUGCAGGGAGUGGAACUUACAGUUGAAGAUGUUGCAAAUGCUGUCUUGUUCUUGGCUAGCGAGGAUGCUCGAUACAUCAGUGGAGACAAUCUCCUCGUCGAUGGUGGCUUCACUCGUGUAAAUCACUCGUUUCGCGUUUUCAGAUGAUUGACAUAGCGGUCUUCAACAUUCGAAAAUAAUAAAAGGAUGACUUGAAAGAAAUGAGUCUAUACCAUAUAUGGGGACUCUCUAUACUUAUUAAGAUAUGUUUACGAUCCACAUUCAAGUCAAGAAGCGUGUAAACUAGCCGUAUAAGAAUAGUUUUGAAUAUUUAAUAAACACAUAUCCAUCGUUUCUGCUUCAUUUAAUGUUAUAAGCUUACAUUAUUGUUUCUAUAUAUGUAUAUAUUCCUUACUUUGUAA